GGGUUCUGCUGCAUUUGUGUUGCUAAUGACAUGGUCCUGUGCCCACAGUGGGUUGUUCUUUACAAAUGACUGAAGCUGUGUUUCACUUCUCACCUUUUCUCUUUGGUGGAAGUAUCUGUCUUGAAACGGGGCUGAUAGAUUUUCCUUGUGUUAUUCCUUACCAGACAGUUUCCCUGUCAGGCUGCUGCACACCGACCCGGGGCUGCAGCCCAUCGAUAUGGACCUCAUGUGAAGUGUGAUUCCCGCAGCCUGGUUGCGGAGCCCUCUACUCCGGGGUCUCCAGCCAGGGCUGGAACAGGCUAGUCUGGCGGGGCGUAUGUCCUGCCAGCCCCGUGUCACGCAGCAUAACCCACCGCUUGCUGCACCAGGUGGGAAACUGGGCAUCUUCUGCGUGCUCUUCGCUGCAGGCACCCUUACCCCCGCGGGCCCAUGCGGGGGUUCACGGCUCUCGCAGCGCAGAUCCGGGUUUCCUGCCUGGGCUGGCAUAGGGGACCCCCCGGGUGGCAAGGACAGCCCCACGCCCGGCUGCAAGAGAGGCCGUGCAGAGCCCCGGGCCGUGCCCGGUACUGGCGACGGGGAGCGGCCCCGAUCCCGGCGGUGCCCCUGGCGGGCGGCGCGGAGGGGUCGCGGGGGUCCGCGCCGGACCCGGCGAUGCAGCGCGGGACGGGAGGGGCGGGCGGCGGUGACGGCAUCCGGCGGCGCCCGGCGGAGCGGCGGCCGGGCCGGGCCGGGCCGGGCCGUGCCGAGCCGAGCGAGCCGCGCGGGGCCGGUGGCUCGGCCGUCGGGGCGGGGCCGGGCGGCGCUGACAGCUGCGCGGCGUAAACAAGCGGCCCCGCCGGCCGCCCCGGCCGCCCCUGCCUGGGCCGGGCCCGGCUCCGGGGCGGGCGCUCCGGGCGCCCCGCGGCGUGACGCGGCGCCGCCGACAGACGGGCCCGGCUGCCGACGGGACGGAGCGGAGCGGGCAGGCCGCGCGAUCUUUGGUGACUAUUACCACUUUCGGCACCGCGGCGUGGUGAAGCGUUCCCUCUCGCCCCACCAGCCCUGGCACAGCCGCCUGGCCAGGGAACCGCAGGUGCAGUGGCUGGAGCAGCAGGUGGCAAAGCGCAGGACCAAGCGAGACGUCUUCAUGGAGCCCACGGACCCGAAGUUCCCGCAGCAGUGGUACCUGUACAACACAAACCAGCGGGACCUGAAUGUGCGUCAGGCCUGGGAGCAGGGAUACACGGGCAAGGGCAUAGUGGUGUCCAUCCUGGAUGACGGCAUUGAGAAGAACCACCCUGACCUGGAGGCCAACUAUGACCCAGGGGCAAGUUUUGAUGUCAAUGACCAGGACCCAGACCCGCAGCCCCGCUACACGCAGAUGAAUGACAACAGACAUGGCACGCGCUGUGCUGGGGAAGUGGCUGCUGUGGCAAACAACGGCAUCUGUGGCGUUGGCGUGGCAUACAACGCCAGGAUCGGAGGUGUGCGCAUGCUGGAUGGGGAGGUGACCGAUGCUGUGGAGGCCCAUUCCCUGGGUCUCAACCCCAACCACAUCCACAUCUACAGUGCCAGCUGGGGCCCUGAGGACGACGGCAAGACUGUGGACGGCCCGGCCCGGCUGGCAGAGGAGGCUUUCUUCCGUGGGGUCAGCCAGGGCCGAGGCGGGCUGGGCUCCAUCUUCGUCUGGGCGUCUGGGAAUGGGGGCCGCGAGCAUGACAGCUGCAACUGUGACGGUUACACCAACAGCAUCUACACGCUGUCCAUCAGCAGCACCACCCAGUACGGCAACGUGCCCUGGUACAGCGAGGCCUGCUCCUCCACCCUCGCCACCACCUACAGCAGUGGCAACCAGAAUGAGAAGCAGAUUGUGACGACUGACCUCAGGCAGAAGUGCACUGAGCUGCACACCGGCACGUCGGCCUCAGCACCCCUGGCCGCCGGCAUCAUCGCCCUCGCCCUGGAAGCCAACAAGAACCUGACGUGGCGGGACAUGCAGCACCUGGUGGUGCAGACCUCGAAGCCGGCUCACCUGAACGCCAACGACUGGGUCACCAAUGGCGUUGGCCGCAAAGUCAGCCACUCGUAUGGCUACGGCCUGCUGGAUGCCGGGGCCAUGGUGAGCCUGGCCAAGAACUGGACUACGGUGGGACCUCAGAGGAAGUGUGUCAUUGACAUCCUUGCAGAGCCCAGGGACAUCGGGAAGCGUCUCGAGGUGCGGCGGAAGGUGGAUGCCUGCCUGGGGAAAGCCAACUACAUCAGCCGGCUGGAGCACGCGCAGGCCCGGCUGACGCUGUCCUACAACCGGCGGGGGGACCUGGCCAUCCACCUGGUCAGUCCCAUGGGCACCCGCUCCACCCUCUUGGCUGCCAGGCCCCACGACUUCUCGGCCGAUGGCUUCAAUGACUGGGCCUUCAUGACAACGCACUCGUGGGAUGAGGACCCCUCCGGGGAGUGGGUGCUGGAGAUUGAGAACACCAGUGAUGCCAAGAACUACGGCACGCUCACCAAGUUCACACUUGUGCUGUACGGGACGGCCACCGACUCCCCCAGCCUCUCCAACCAGCUGGAGAGCAGUGGCUGCAAGACCCUGACCCCCAGCCAGACCUGUGUGGUCUGCGAGGAGGGCUACUACCUGCACCAGAAGAGCUGCCUGAAGCGCUGCCCUCCUGGCUUCGCACCCGGCGUCCAGAGCACGCACUACAACCUGGAGAACAGCGUGGAGCCCAUUGCACCCCACCUCUGCCUGCCCUGCCACCCCUCCUGUGCCACCUGUGCGGGACCCGGCCCCAACCAGUGCCUCACCUGUCCUGCGCACUCCCACUUCAGCAGCCUGGACCUCUCCUGCUCCCACCAGACGCAGAGCAGCCGUGCAUCCCCUGCCCUGGCGGAUGGCGAAGGACCAGCUGAGGCCCCCCCUCCGGUCAACUUGCCUGUCCUCAUUGCCAGCCUCAGCUGCAUCCUCAUUGUCAUCAUCUUUGUCACCAUCUUCUUGGUGCUGCAAGCGCGCUCAGGCUUCAGCCUGCGGGGUGUGAAGGUGUAUGCCCUGGACAGCGGGAUCAUCUCCUACAAGGGGCUCCCCUCCGACAUCUGGCAGGAGGAGGGUCCCUCUGAGUCGGACGGAGCUGGAGCUGCACCGGGUCCAGACCGCGCCAGUCCCGGCCCCAGCAGGACGCCAGCAGCAGCCUCACAACGGAGACCUAACAACAAAUACUUCCCCUGGCUGCGCAGUGGUGCCAUGGGCUUCGGGCCGGAGCUGUGGUGCCCGCAGGGGCACAGCGCACUGCUGCGGCUGCAGGAUGGGGAGCUGCGCCUCCUGGAGCUCAUGAAGAAGUGGAUGUCACAGCGGGCCAAGAGCGACCGGGAGUAUGCAGGGAUGCUGCACCACAUGUUCUCCCAGCUGGAAAAGCAGGAGGGCUCUUGGCAGCUCCAAGGCAACCAUGGUGGUCAGAUCGAGAAGUCCUGGUGGGUGCUGGUGAGCCAGACAGAGACGCUGAGCCAGAUCCUGCGGCGGCACGCGGAGGAGCUGGCGGCGGGGCCGCUGGCCAAGCUGAGCCUGCUGAUCCGCGACAAGCAGCAGCUGCGCAAAGCCUUCAGCGAGCAGUGGCAGCAGCUCAGCCAGGAGUACAGCCGGACGACGCAGCAGGAGAUGGAGAAGCUGAAGGCACAGUACCGCAGCCUGGCCCGUGACAGCGCCCAGGCCAAGCGCAAGUACCAGGAGGCCAGCAAAGACAAGGAGCGGGACAAGGCGAAGGAGAAGUAUGUGCGCAGCCUCUGGAAGCUCCAUGCCCUGCACAACCAGUACGUGCUGGCUGUGCAGGCGGCCUCGCUGCACCACCAGCACCACUACCAGCGCGUGCUGCCCAGCCUGCACCAGUCCCUCUACGGCCUGCAGCAGGAGAUGGUCCUCGUCCUAAAGGAGAUCCUCAGGGAGUACUGCAGCAUCAGCAGCCUGGUACAGGAGGAUCUUUCGGCCGUGCAUCAGCAGAUUGCCAGUGCCAUCCAGGCCAUCGACCCUGCCACUGAGUACAGCAGCUUCAUCCAGAGCCACCAGUACGAAUCUGUGAUGCCACCAACUGUGUCCUUUGAUGAGAGUCUGCUGGAGGACACAGAAAACCUGGUGCCGGGGGAGCUGCAGCUGAAUGAGCUGACCCUUGAAAGUGUCCAGCACUGCCUGACAUCGGUUGAGGAGGAGUUGGUGGCCGCCACAGAGGCCGUGAGCAUCAAGGAGCAGCAGAUGCAGCAGCUGAAGGCGGAGAUCCAGGAUGAGGAGCAGGGCCGGAGCCCCGGGGAGCGGGUGCACUUGUUGGGCAGGCGGCAGGGGCUGCACGAGGCGCGGCAGCAACUCGAGGGCUGCCUCUGUGCCCAGGCCAAGCUGCAGGCGCAGCGGGACCUGCUGGCCAGGAAGCUGGCAGAGCUGGACGUCAGGGACCCCCUGCCUGCCCUGCCUCUGCCGGAGGAUCGGCAGUCCGUCUCCUCCACGGAGCAGGAGCGGAGCGGGACCAGUGCGCUGGAGACCCUCAAGAACCAUAUCACAGGGAUCUUCAGCCCAAAGUACUCGCUGCCGCCCCCCGUGCCCCUGAUCCCAGACGUGCAGAAGCCGCUGUGCCAGCAGGUCUGGUACCACGGGGCCAUCCCGCGUUCGGAGGUGCAGGAGCUGCUGACCUGCAGUGGGGACUUCCUGGUGCGGGAGAGCCAGGGCAAGCAGGAGUACGUGCUCAGCGUGCUGUGGGAUGGGCAGCCCCGGCACUUCAUCAUCCAGGCUGUCGGUAACAUGUUCCGGCUGGAGGGUGACAGCUUCCCCACCAUUCCGCUGCUGAUCCAGCACCUCCUGCAGAGCCAGCAGCCCAUCACCCGCAAGAGUGGCAUUGUCCUGGCCAGGGCUGUGCCCAAGGACAAAUGGGUGCUUAACCACGAGGACGUGCUGCUGGGGGAACGCAUUGGUCGGGGUAACUUUGGGGAAGUGUUCAGCGGACGCCUGCGUGCUGACAACUCCCCCGUUGCUGUGAAAUCCUGCCGGGAAACCCUUCCGCCUGAGCUCAAGGCCAAGUUCCUGCAGGAAGCCAGGAUCCUCAAGCAGUACAGGCACCCGAACAUCGUGCGGCUCAUCGGCGUCUGCACGCAGAAACAGCCCAUUUACAUCGUCAUGGAGCUGGUGCAGGGGGGGGACUUCCUGACCUUCCUGCGCAGCGAGGGUCCCCACCUCCGCGCCAAGGAGCUGAUCAAGAUGACAGAGAAUGCUGCCGCCGGCAUGGAGUACCUGGAGAGCAAGCACUGCAUCCACAGGGACCUGGCUGCUCGCAACUGCCUGGUGACGGAGAGGAACACCCUGAAGAUCAGUGAUUUUGGGAUGUCACGGGAGGAGGAGGAUGGCGUCUACGCCUCCACAGGGGGGAUGAAGCAAAUCCCUGUCAAGUGGACGGCCCCUGAAGCACUCAAUUAUGGCCGAUACAGCUCAGAGAGUGAUGUCUGGAGCUUUGGGAUCCUGCUGUGGGAAGCCUUCAGCCUGGGUGCCGUCCCCUAUGCCAACCUCAGCAACCAGCAGACGCGGGAGGCGGUGGAACAAGGUGUGCGGCUGGAUCCCCCCGAGCAGUGCCCUGAGGAGGUGUACCAGCUGAUGCAGCGCUGCUGGGAGUAUGACCCCCGCAAGCGGCCCAGCUUCUGCACCAUCCACCAGGACCUGAUUGCCAUCCGCAAGAGGCAGCGGUGACACCAGGAGCCCUGGAUCCAUCCCCUGGCAGUGCUUGGGGGCACAGCAGAGCCCUGUCUGCGCAGCGGGUACUGCGGGGUGGCUGUGUGGUCCUUGAGCCCCAGGGCAGGGGCUCCUGCAUUCCUCAGGGUGGGACAUGGCACCCACAGCUCCUGCCCGCUUUCAUCUUGUACAAUAAACACACGAGCUCUGCA